AUGCCUUCUCCCCUACCGGUCCAUACAGACGCCGCCCCGGCACCCAUCUCCCUGUUCUCGCAAGCUCAAGUCUACAAUGGCCUCGUCUACUGCUCCGGAAACAUUGGUAUCGAUCCAAAGACAGGCAAGCUCGUCGAGGGCACAGUAACAGACCGCACAGAGCAAACCAUUCGCAACAUUUCUGCCCUUCUGGACGCUGCCAAUUCGUCUCUCAAGCGAAUCAUCAAGGUCAAUGUCUACUUGACCACAAUGGACAACUUUGGUCCCAUGAAUGAAGGCUACGCGAAGUUCUUUUCUGCCCCUUUCCCCGCUCGGACGUGUGUCAGCGUCGCCGGUUUGCCGAUGGGCUCGGAUGUAGAGAUUGAGUGCGUGGCGGCAUUGGACGGAUAG